GAGAAGGCCACAGCGAUGCCGGACUCGCCCGCCGAGGUGAAGACGCAGCCCCGGGCCACACCCCCCAGCAUGCCGCCGCCUGCCGCCUCCCAGGGGCCCGCGCGCCAGCCCCCCUCACGCCCCACGCCACACAAGCAUCGAGAGGACGGGCCUGUGAUGUCUCUGCCGCCCGGCCGUUUUCAUGGCUGCUUAAAAUGGUCUAUGGUCUGUCUCUUGAUGAACGGCAGCAGCCACUCGCCCACAGCCGUCAGCGGUGCCCCGUCCACGCCCAGCGGCUUUAGCAAUGGCCCGGCCGCCUCAUCCACAGCCUCGCUGUCCACGCAGCACCUGCCCCCGGCCUGCGGGGCACGGCAGCUCAGCAAGCUCAAGCGCUUCCUCAGCACCCUGCAGCAGUUCGGCGGCGACAUCUCCCCCGAGAUCGGAGAGCGUGUGCGCGCGCUGGUGCUGGGGCUCGUGAACUCCACACUGACCAUCGAGGAGUUCCACUCCAAGCUGCAGGAGGCCACCAACUUCCCGCUGCGGCCCUUUGUCAUCCCCUUCUUGAAGGCAAACCUGCCGCUGCUGCAGCGAGAGCUCCUGCACUGCGCCCGCCUGGCCAAGCAGACGCCCGCCCAGUACCUGGCCCAGCACGAGCAGCUGCUGCUGGAUGCCAGCGCCUCCUCCCCGGUCGACUCCUCCGAGCUCCUGCUGGACGCCCGCGAGAACGGCAAGAGGAGGUCGCCAGACAGGACCAAAGAGAACGGGUCGGACCGGGACCCGCUGCAUCCCGACCACCUCAGCAAGCGUCCCUGCACCCUGAGCCCCGCCCAGCGCUACAGCCCCACCCACGGGCCCCCACACCCCACGCCACCCCCGCACUUCCGGCUGGAGGAUAUGGCCACCGCCCACCACCUGCGGGACGCCUACCGCCACGCCGACCCCCGGGAGCUGCGGGACCGCCCUCGGCAGCUGGUGGUACACGGGUCCAGGCCGGAGGAGGUGAUUGACCACAGGCUCACGGAGCGCGAGUGGGCCGAGGAGUGGAAGCACCUCAACAACCUCCUGAACUGCAUCAUGGACAUGGCGGAGAAGACGCGGCGUUCACUCACUGUGCUGCGGCGCUGCCAGGAGGCCGACCGUGAGGCCCUCAACCACUGGAGCCGGCGCUGCAGCGACUCCGAGGACCCCAAGAAGGGCCCGGUGCCUGGCAUCCGGCCCCUCGGCAGCUCCAUGGGUGCAGAGGGGGCUCAGCUAGAUGCCCCCCGGGAGCUCCUGCCCAGGACCCUCGCAGGCUACAUGCCCGAGGAGAUCUGGAGGAAGGCUGAGGAGGCGGUGAACGAGGUGAAGCGGCAGGCCAUGUCGGAGCUGCAGAAGGCGGUGUCGGACGCGGAGCGCAAGGCCCACGAGCUCAUCAGCACCGAGCGCGCCAAGAUGCAGCGGGCCCUGGCCGAGGCGCGCCGGCAGGCCUCCGAGGACGCGCUGACGGUCGUGAACCAGCAGGAGGACUCCAGUGAGAGCUGCUGGAACUGCGGGCGCAAGGCCAGCGAGACCUGCAGCGGCUGCAACGCGGCGCGCUACUGCGGCUCCUUCUGCCAGCACAAGGACUGGGAGAAGCACCACCACGUGUGCGGCCAGAGCCUGCAGGGCCCCGCGGCCGCCGCGCCCGGCCCGCCCGCCGCCCCCUGCCUGCCCGUGGGCGCCGCCAGCCCCUGCGAGGCCGGCUCCGCGGGGCCCUCUCGCCCCGGCUCCCCGGGCCCGCCGGACAAAACACAGAACCGCCUCCAACGCCACGUCCUCAGCCACCGCGAGCCGCGGGGGCCCCGGCCCGGCCUCACGCCCCUUCGUCCCGGCGGCCCCGCCGGCGCCUUCCCUCCAGCGAAGAGCCCCGCUGCCCGGCGCUGGCGGCUGCCGUUCCCCGAAGGACGGAGGGAGGGCCGCGGCUUCUUCCUCCGCGGCUCCAGCGGCCCGUCCCCGCCGCGCGGGCUCUGUCACGUCUUGCUUUUCUGCCGACGGAACCCCGCGCCGGGUCCUUCCGAGAGCCGCACGGCGGCGAUCCUACGCCGGGGCUCGACAGCUCUCAGGGCCGGAGGCAAGCCCGGCCGGCCCUCCGCGGCUGCCCUCCGCUACCUCUUCUCCCGGCCGCCGGCCCGCCACGGCCUCCGCGUCCUCACACUUUUGCAGAAAAAACCCAGCACCGUCCCCCAAGACUCAGUGGCUGUGCACAGCACCUGCGCCGCUGCCCAGCUGCGCUGCGGGGCGACCCGGGGACACCCCCACGCCCUCGCCUGCCCCGAGCCCCGGCCGUCCGAGGAGGAGGUGCAGGAACGAGGAGCCGCCCGGGUCCUCGUCGGGGGACGGCGCAGCGGGCACCCUGCGUGCUGUGAGGCGCCCGGCCAGCCACGGAAGCAGGCGCCGGGCGCCCGAGGCGGGGGCCGUGUCCGAGAAUGUGAAUGUACAUAG